UCUUUAAGCCUGGAUAAUCGAGAGUGGCUGUUGGCCAGUUAAAAAGUCGGAAAGGACAGAGAGAGAGGGGAGGAACAAAAGAGAGAGAGGGAAAGAGAGAGGGGUGAGAGGCAAAGCAAGAGAAAGGGAGAGAGGAAAAGAGAGAGCGAUAGAGAGAGAUGGAAAGUGGAUGGAGAGGGGAGGCUUUCACUCAUAGGAGGAACAUUUGGUGCAGUGCUGAAACUUCUUCCCCAAACCCAGCUUCUUCUUCUGCCUAGAGAUCGCCACGGCUAUGGCCACAGGGCACCUAUGAGAAGGCGACCACACACACUGACAAGAGGACUCUGUCUCCACUAACCUCUGGUGCACAUUUGGAGUUUGGUACUUCAGUAUCAUGCGUUGCAAAACCAGAUCCAUGCAUUGUGUCUUGCCGUGUCUGUGCUUCAUGCUCCUUCACUUGUCUUGUGCAGCACAAGAUGAGGACAUGAGAUUCAGUUGUAAAACUGUUGCAAGCGAUUUGGUCUUUAUCCUAGACGGCUCAUGGAGUGUAGCUGAUGUGAACUUUGAAAUAGUCAAGCGAUGGCUCGUCAACAUCACCACAAGCUUUAACAUCGGCCAGAAGUUCACCCAGGUCGGUGUGGUCCAAUACAGUGAUGAUCCAAUCAUAAAUAUCCCAUUAGGGAAGCACCUUCGUAGCAAGGAUCUCAUCAGAGCCAUGGAAUCCAUCGACUACAUGGGGGGAAACACAAGAACUGGGACGGCCAUACAGUUCGCUAGCGAUAAACUAUUUAACCUGUCUGAACGAGGCCCUAAGGGUGUUGCUAGAAUCGCUGUGGUCCUAACAGACGGAAAGUCACAAGAUGAGGUGAAAGCAGCAGCAGAGGAAGCCAGGAGAAGAGGAAUAAUAAUAUUUGCCAUUGGUGUGGGAUCUGAGACAGAAGAGGAGGAGUUGAACGCUAUUGGAAACAAGCCCUCCUCCACCUAUGUGUUUUAUGUCGAUGACUAUAAAGCUAUUUCCAAGAUCCGUGAGACCAUAAGGCAGAAGUUGUGUGAAGAGACUGUUUGUCCAAGCAGAAUCCCAGUCGAAAGCGGUGAUGUCAAGGGCUUCGAUAUUCUACAUUAUCUGGAUUUGGCUAAAAAAGUAAAAAAAACUCAAGGGUCUUUUUAUGGGGCCAAGGCCUUUCAGGUGACAUCUCGUGUUGACCUGAGUGAAAGCACAAAGAACUUGUUUCCAGAUGGCCUGCCUCCCUCCUAUGUCUUUGUGUCCACACUGAGGUACAAGGGGUCUCUGAUCAGCGAAGAGUGGGACCUUUGGAGGAUACAGACCAAUGACGGGAAACCACAAAUGGCAGUCACACUAAACGGAUUUGAACGCAAUAUCAUGUUCACCACAACCAGUGUAGCACCAAGUGGUACUCAGAAAGUGGUCUUCCAACAAGAACCUGCCAAGAAACUAUUUGAUGAGAACUGGCACCAGUUUAGGCUACUGGUCACUGAGCAAGAUGUUAUCCUGUAUGUUGAUGACCUGGAAAUUGAAACCCUGCCGUUGGAACCUCCUGUUGGUAUCUUCAUUAAUGGGAUGACCCAGAUCGGAAAGUAUGUCAGCAAAGAGACAACUGUACCAUUUGAGAUCAUGAAACUCAGGAUCUACUGUGACCCCGAGCAGAACAACCGUGAGACCGCUUGUGAAAUACCAGGAGUUUGUGCAAACGGCCCUGGUGAUAUAGACGUGGACCCCACUCCAGAACCCUGUACCUGUCCUCCCGGACCCCCUGGCCUUCCAGGCAUUAAGGGGGAAGCAGGAACAAUGGGAAGGCCCGGUCAAGCUGGUCCUGCUGGUGCUGAUGGUAAGCCUGGCAUCUCUGGCAACCGAGGAUUUCCUGGGCCACAAGGUCCAACUGGGACAGAGGGGCGACGCGGGGUUGAUGGUAACAAGGGAGAACAAGGACGGCCUGGUGAUUCGGGUGAAAGAGGCGUUCCGGGAUUACCUGGACCAUCGGGCCAAGCAGGUGAAAAGGGCUCUUUAGGUCUUUCAGGGGGACCAGGACUUUCCGGCAAAGAUGGCCAAGUGGGAGAAAAAGGAGGCAGGGGACACCCUGGGCCAGCAGGACAUCCGGGAGAACCAGGUUUAUCUGGAAGAGAUGGAAAGAAUGGACUUCCAGGACAAAUCGGUCAAAAGGGAGAAGUUGGAGCAGCUGGCAUACCUGGUCUAGACGGAAGGGAGGGCCAUCUUGGUUUGCCUGGCGUGCCUGGAAACGUCGGCCAGAGUGGAACUAAGGGUGAAGCUGGUUGGUCAGGACUGAAAGGUGCCAAAGGUUCAACUGGGACAUCUGGUGAUAAUGGCGUUCCUGGUGAACCUGGAUCAUCAGGGCGACCUGGACCUAUGGGCAACAAAGGUGAAAGUGGACUACCAGGUCAACCAGGGGUUUCAGGACCAGAGGGCAUGUCAGGUGACCCUGGAAUAGCAGGUCAGCCAGGACACCCAGGAAUGCCAGGCUUGACAGGACCUAAGGGAAAAGGGGGAGAUCCAGGUGAACGAGGAGGGGAGGGAUUAAGAGGUGAAAAGGGAGAUAUGGGGAUUCCAGGUAAUCAUGGCUCUAAUGGCUCAUCGGGACAAAAAGGGGGGAAAGGGACAACAGGAGACCCCGGUCAGAGGGGACUGGGAGGUCACCAAGGCCAACCAGGAAUAUCAGGGCAGACAGGCCCGUCUGGGCCUCGAGGACAGAGCGGUGACGUUGGGCCUCCUGGGCCACCUGGACUAGAGGGGAAGGGAGAUGUCCAAGCAAAUCAUUCAGCAAAUAUGCAGAGAGUGGAGAUGCCUUCGCUACUCCUCAGUAACCAGCAGCAAAAUCACUGUGACCACUGCCAAAGCAGGGACGGGACUCCCGGAGUACCAGGCCCUGUUGGGCCCCAGGGAUCAAGGGGCUUUACUGGGAACCCUGGUUCCAUUGGACAGCCGGGCCAUCCAGGUCGACCUGGGCGUCCUGGGAUGUGUGGCUUGAAAGGAGAUCCAGGAAUAAAGGGGGAGAAGGGGAGUCAAGGAAGAGCAGAUAUUGGAGAUCCGGGAACACCAGGGUCUCCAGGUCCAAUGGGUCCCCAGGGAGACAGUAAACUAGGUCAUCCAGGAAAACCAGGACCCCCUGGCCUAAAUGGGGAGGAGGGGAAGAGAGGUAACCCUGGGGCCCCUGGCCAGCCAGGCGUGUGCCAUCUAUCCAUGUGUUACGGUGUCAUGAUGAGGAGCAGGGAUCCUUUUAGUAAAGGGCCAAACUAUUGACCCAACAUGGCAGCAGGCAGGCAAUCGAACAUUCUGGAGUUGAUGCAUAACGCUCAAAGAAAAACAGCAAAUCUUUCCAAUCUCAGGAAGAUCACAUUUUUUACAGUAUAUCCCCCUCAGUCACGGAAACAGGAAGUACCUCUUAACAUGUACGGUAUAUAGCAAAGAUAUCCAUAUGCGUCCUUUCAUGAGCUUUCUCAAGCCCAGUUUAUACCUGGUUCUAACAUUUGUCCUGUGUCCUGGUCUUGUCUCAUUCUGAUUGUGCCCACAUUUUUAGACAGGUGUAGACGAUUAAAAUAUGCAUUGUGAUAUGAUUGGGAUCAGAUCUUCCUGACCCCCUUAGAUAGUCAGGAACUCAUUGUGUCUGGAUAUCUUACAAAUGUAGAGGGAUCUGGAUAGUGAAACACUUUAAAUCAUCAUUAUCCCGCCUCCUAAAAUCAUUGACAGAUGGCACCAUUGACUUCCCACUGGGCACACACUGGUUGAAUCAAUGUUGAUUCCACAUCAUUUCAAUGAAAUUACGCUGAACCAACUUGAAAUAGACGCUGAAUUGACGUCUGAGCCCAGUGGGUUAUGCCGUCAAUAUGUCUUCAUUCUGUUCUUGUCACAUUCUGCUUUGUUAUGUCACAAGCUCCAUUUUGCUUUAAAGGGACAGUGUGAAGUCUACAGGAACAGCGACAGGGGGAAACAUUGCACUAUCCCUUUAAAGAAUGAUAGUAAUUGCUCCUUCAUUUGGUUGAUUUUGGUUGGCAUCAGUUGGAUUCUGGGGCAAAUUGUAAUCCAAUGUUAAGAAUUCUGCCCUGCUCAAACAAGUACACAGGAAUAAAGGCCUGCACCUCCACUUGGACAGUGCUGAUGAUACCAAUUUAUUGCUAUAUACUGCCCCCUGGUGCUUUUUUUGCACCAUACUUUCUUGAAUGGUCACCCAGAAUUGGUCACCCCUAAAUUUGUUUACCAAAUUUGUUUAUAGUAAUAUAUAUGCAAUGUUUAAACACCCAUAUAAUUAUAAUUUGUAAAUUGAUGAAUGCAAUUAUUGUAAACAACAUCUAAAGACAUCUAAAGAAAGAUUCAGGGCAAAUCUGUGAGCUUGCUACAGUGUCUCUAUAACAGGCUGCUAUGUUCAAAAGCCAAAUGUUUAAUCAUCUAAAACAAAACCUUCUGAGCAGUACUGAAAUGUUUGUUUAUAAUUCCCUUUUUUCACAAUAACUCAUUUGUGUAUUGUAUGAAAAUACAGAAAUACGUAUUUUUCUUAGGUAAAAAAUAGCUAGUAUAACAAAUGUAAACCUGGGACAUCCUAUCUACUUUCAGUCAAAAGAGUGAGGGUGAAAAGAAACAUGUUGACAUCUUGACUUCAUCUGAAGUUUGCUGUGUCUGUUGCAAAUUCUUUUCUGUUAGUGCAUAUAUGGCAUUUAUGUGCCUGAGUACCUUACCUUUCCGUACCAUACCUAAUGUUACCUUAGCCUAGCAAGUUUAAGUAAUUUUGUUAUUUAUAAAACUGAGCUAAUCAACUGUGUAUUAAUGGGCUUUACCUGUGAGAGCUUGGUCUGUUUUAUUUUUGCUGUGUCUGAUUUUAUUAAACAAAAUUAUGUUUAAUUGUGA